UUCAGAGUAUUCAGAGCAAAUUGCAUUUCAGGCUUCAGCGGCAAGUUGGCGGCAUUAUCUUUAUCAAUUAUUAAUUGCUGAAUACCUAGCAAAUUGUCACACUUUUACAGUUUAAUUUUAUUUCCUCAUCAUCAACAGUGGUUUUUACGUUUUUUAUAUUUCAGAGCAAACUGUUGAAUUCAAAUUCAAAACCAAUUGUUAAAACAGUACGAAAUUAAUAAUGUCACCAAAGAAACGACGUGGAGGGUCAAGAGGUCGUGGCAGAGGCGUAUCAAAAAGAAGAGGUCCUAAACCACGCCAACCUAUGUCUCCAGACACUGCCACUGCAGAUGAUACCGACGCUGAGGGUACGUCUACAGAUGGUAAUGUGUCUUUCAAACAGCGGACGUCACCGACCAGAAAAAAACAUGCUGAAUACAAUGAAGAAAGAGAGCUAUCAUUACCUCGAUUAAAACCUAUUAUUAUUCCAGAAAAUUCUACUUUUCUGUCAUUGCUGAGCCGUGACAGUAAAUCUGAUUAUGUAAUGACGGAUGAUGAAUUGGAUCAUGUCCAAUGGGAACUUGAAGCAAUGUUAACUAAUGUAAUCAUACGCAGAAAUACAAUUAGAGACGAACUGAGCACUUUUGCAUCCAUGCAGUUUGCUCGUUCCCUUCAUAGGAUGGCUAAAAAUCCCAAACUUCCUACAAUUAAACCAAGAGCUGCUGCAGAAAUAUCACCUGUGAACGAAUGCCGUAAGAUGAAGGUUGAAUUUGAUCCUACUAGCAAACUACCACCAAGCAAAACUGAAUCAGCAAAUWAAUUUUGGUCCCUUGUUGAACCAUAUCUGAGUCAUGUAAAGAAAGAAGAUCUUAAAUGGUUAGAUGAUCUAGUUAAAUCAUAUAAUCCCAGUAAAAAAUUGUAUGAAAUACCACCUUUGGGUGAACAUUAUGCAAAGAAUUGGGCUAAAGAAGAACUAGAAAUGCAAAAAACCCAAUCAUCAUGUUCUCCACGUCCACCUAAAAAACUUAAAUUUGCUGAACGUAUAGCCCCCGAUGUUGUGGAACUAGUGGAUAAAGCUAAUUCAGCUAUAAAUGAUGGUAACGUUUAUACACCAGUUUAUCAAAGAGUUGUAGCAGCUCUUAUGAAUCAUUCAAAUAUGUCUUUAGAGGAUGCUGAAGAACAUUUUUCAGAGUUUGAUGAUGUUGAAGAAAAACCACAAGAAAUGAGUAAUGUUUGUAAGGAAUUUUAUGCAGAACAAAAUGUCAAGAAACAAUUGCAUAAAUUGGGACUCAUGGGUCGCAAUUCUAAACCGGUACCAUCACCUGAAGAAAUGCUGCCUUCUUUGACUAUAGCUGAUGAUGAAAAUGAUGAAAUUUUAGAAGAAAUAGUCAAGUGUGAUAAUGCAUUAUCUCAAUUAAGAGAAAUGAACAAGAAUCACUUGACACAUUUAUUAGGAAGAUGUCGUAAAGAUUAUUACCAACAAAUUAUAAAAAAUAAAAUUGAAAAAGUAAACAAUGAGAUUUUAAAUUUUAAAACACAACAAAAUGAAUCAUGGACAAAGGAAAAGAAAAUUGCUCACAUGUCUGAAGAAGAAGAUGAACUGCAUUUUUUAUUAAACCAACGUGGCACUUAUCUUGGGCAAUUGCAAUCAAUGGCUACUGAAUCCAAUAAUUAUUUAAGCCCAUGUAUUUCAGAUGAUUCAGAAUCUAGUUACGAAGAUUGUGAACCAUCUAAUGUAAAUAUUAAAACUGAACCAUCUGAAAAUGAUACUGGUGUAAAAGUGGACAGCUUAAUAAAUGAUGAGUGUCAGACUGAAGAAUGCGCUGAAAUUAAUAUUAAACAAGAAAUUGUUGAUGAGAAAAUGGAUUUUGAAGAAGCUAAUGACAAUGAAAAAGACAUAGAAAAUGAUGAAAGUGUUAAAAACGUAGAAGUGUUAACUGAUGAAAUAGAAAAGACUGUCAAUGAAGAAAAUGAAACAGAAAAGGACAAUGAAGACAAAAUUAACCAAGAGGACCAAGCAGAGUUACAAACAAAUAUUCAGGUCAACCCACUUGUUAAGGUUAAAGAAGAAGAGAGCGGUUGUUCAAAGAAAUUGUCUACUGAACGGCGGCGUAAGAAACCCAAAAAAGGUGUCUUAGAAAGUGAACUGACAUCUAAAAUUGAAGCAAGAAAACCUAUUAGAAUUAAACAGGAACCAGCUGAUUCUGAUCUUGAAUUAGAUUCUUCAGAGGAUAUAAUUGAUGGUGUUAAAAGAGAACUUCGACCUCGAAAGCUAAACGAGCCACAUAUGUAUUUUGAACCAUAUGAUGGAUCCACAAGUGAAGGGAGUGAUUUUACUGAUCUGUCUGAUUGAUAUUAAUACCAAGCAUGCAACAAGUUACUCACUAACAACUUAAGUAUAGCAAUGGUCUCAUUAUUUAUAAUUUCAAAACAUAAUUUUAAGUCUGAUUAAUUUUUUCAUUUUUAUAAUUUGUACCCAAUUAUAUUAUAUUGUAUAAGAGUAUAAGAUUACUUAUAUCAUUUAGUUAUAAUAAUUAAUUGAGAUAGAAGUGCAAUGUUUUAUUUUCAAUUGUAUACCUAUUACAGACACACAGAUUGUUAUGGAUAGCAUCUAGAUCUACAAGGUCUAUCAAGAAAAUUAGCCAUCAUUUAAUUAAUUCAUAUUUAUAUUCAUUUUUACCUUUUUUAAAACCAGUCAAGUACUCCAGUUUUGUUAGUUAUUAACAAAGUUAUUGUUUUUAAGUUAAAUUUAUUAAUAYGCAACUAUAUUUAUGACCUUAAAAUAAUAUUUAA